GGAUACAAACAGAGUGGGGGUGUUGCCUCAAAAGACUGCACUACAUCAGUUUUUGGUAUAAAUAAAGGGGAAGUUACUCUCUCAGAUCAGUUUGAGUCUAUUCUCUGAGAAGAAACUUGCCAAUUCUAAAUACCUUGCUGACCGAGGAGAGGAUUAUUCCGCAUCAAAAUGGCCAAAUUGUUGUUCAACAUCUUUGUGGUUCUUCUCUUCGUUGCCGUUAUAUCGGCAUACGUCGGAUCGGCUGAAGCUUGCAUCAGCGAUCGCAAUGGAUGUCAACCCGACGGAAGCCAGGGUAACUGCUGCAGUGGAUAUUGUCACAAAGAGCCAGGCUGGGUAGCUGGUUAUUGCAGAUAAAUACAAAUUCAAACCUCGGCUCAUCAUGCUUGAAAAAUGAUCUCCGCAAUCUCAUACCCGCUGGCAAUGGCUCCUUCUUUGUAUUUGUACUGAGUAAAAUUAUUACUAUGUGAA